GUAGUGGGAUUGCUCUGGGAUUCCUCAGCUUAAUCAGUUGCCACAAGAGAAAGCUACCGCCAGCUCUCUCUUGGUUAGUUCGAAGGAGACGGUUCAUCAGGCCUGUUCGACGAUCGAGAUGAAUUUUUUGUUUAGUUUAGUAAUAGUUUCAAUUGGCUUUGCCGUGGGAUUAAAAGUGAACGAUACUUGUGUCACGCCAUGUGAUUCGCCGGGCAGAUGUGUCCCCGUGAGGAACUGCUCCUACGCGCUCAAAAUUGUUCGGAAAGAAAGCCCAACCUAUCAAGAUUCAUUGUUUCUGGAGAAAAGUAGAUGUGGAAAAGAUAAAGGAUUGCCACUGAUAUGCUGUCCGCACCUGUUGAAUCCCGAAGAUUGUGGUGCAUCCCUAGGGAACCGCAUUUUUGGCGGUACUCCAACCAAACUUGAAGAACAUCCGUGGGCGGCAGUACUAAUGUACGACACCGCAAGGGGUCGAAUUAUUCCGAAAUGUGGUGGAUCAUUGAUUAAUGAGCGUUACGUUCUGACGGCAGCCCAUUGCAUUCGUAAUGUUCCAGACCGAUGGAAAUUACAUAGCGUACGAUUCAGCGUGAUCGAUGUUAUCAGCGAGGUGAAUUGUACAACAAUAGAAGAGGAGGAAAUUUGCCGUCAAGAAUUUGGGGUGGAGCAGAUCACGGUCCACCCGGAUUACGACAAAGAUUCAAUCAACAAACAGCAUGACAUUGCCAUCGUCAAACUGGCCGAGGAUGUUACGUUCGGCAAAUAUGUUAAACCUAUUUGUUUGCCAUUCGACGAACUUGUUGCCGAAAUGCCAAUCGAAGAUGAAGAAUUCACAGUUACCGGAUGGGGUCAAACUGAGAAAGAAAUUCUCAGCAGGUUUCAGCUGCACGUCGAAAUCAACGGCAAAUCCAACGAACUGUGCGAAAAAGUGUUUGGCGUGGCCAACGUAACGCUGACCGAGAAUCAUCUGUGCGUGGGGGGAGAUGCCGGCAGGGACUCGUGCAAAGGUGAUUCCGGGGGACCCCUGCUGAGACUGGUCGCGACGAACUGGUACCAGGUUGGUGUGGUGAGCUUUGGAGCGAAGCGAUGCGGCUCGGAAGGCUUUCCCGGAAUUUACACAAAUGUGGCCAAAUAUUUGGACUGGAUAUCCGACGUUGUGAACGAAAACCACUGUCACAAAAUGGAGGAGUGAUUGUAAUUAUCAUCAAGCUAAAUUUGCAUAGCAAAAAAUCAGUCAAGACGCAAU